AUUUAUUUAUUUAGUAUUUAUUUUUUUUUAAUUUCUAUGCUUUUACGACUUAUUUCAUCAUCAGGAACCUAAUUUUCAAUUUUUCUCACAUGUUUGGUUUUUCUAGCAGCAAGUUUCAAAGCAACUCUUGUUACAAGGUAACCAAUAAAGUUCUUGCCAUUUUUUAUGGUAAAAAAAAAAAGAGUUACAGAAAGUGUAGCCUGUUAUUAGUCUUCAAAGUAAUCGCCAUUGGCAUCCAGCAACUUCUGCGAAUGUGUAAUUGCCUUUUUCGGUGCAAUGAAGUUCAUGAGUGCUUUUGAUCUGAAUUUUUUAAACCAAUGCCUCGGCAUAUUUAAUGACUUGAUACAGUUGCUGAUAAGCCCAUAUUGAAGUCGUAAAGCAAACAUCAUUGAAUGUGAUACUUCUACAAUCCGUUUGUCUUUACGUGUUUCGAUUGAUGAAAGUGUACAUUGGAUCUGCUUUUAUAGCAACGGAGAUUUCUACUCUCGCCCAAAAGUUUUUUUAAACCAGCUUUGAUGGACCGGAAUCAUUUAUUGACUUAAACUCUCAAAGAUGAGUGCUGCUACUGAAGAAACAGCAAUUCAUACAGCAAAUACAAAGACAGAACCAACCCUAGAAGUAAAAAAAACUGAAGAAUCUGUCAUUCAGAUUGAGAAUGUAGAUGAAGUGCUGCCAAAAAUAUCACACGAAGCUAGACAUUCCAUUGGCUCUUAUGAAACAUCGGCUAAAGACAAAUUUCCCGGUGUAUCAUCGAGCCUAGGCAAUGGUGGAGGGCGUAGCAAUCGACCUAGCCAAAGUGAAAAAACAUUAGCAAAAUCUCAAUCUGAAAUUCAAGUAUGCCAUACCAAUUCUUUAUCUGUGAGUCAAACUAGUAAAAAUAGUGUUAUGACAUUUUCAAGCUCUGGUACGUUUUAUGGUCACUCAAAAAAGAAAGCUGAAGUUAGGAUACCACCAAAACCACCUCAGUCUUCAAGCGCAAAAGAUGCUGCUGAUUUUCGUCAAAUGGAACAAGGCUUAUUACAAUUGCUUGAAGAUUUUCACAGUGGAAAAUUAGCAGGCUUUGGUAGCAGUUGUACUUUUGAAAAAAUGGAAAAUGUCAGGGAGCAGCAAGAGAAGCUUGCACGACUUCAUUUUGACUUAAAUGCUCAACAAGAAAUUCAUGGUCAAUAUACUGCUGAAGGGAUCAAUAUGGCCAAAGGAAAUCUUUCAAAACUGAUGGAUAAUCUUCAACAGCUUAGCUUGUCAAUCGAACAAUUACAAACAGAUACUUGUGGUACAGCAGAAGAAAAAUGAAAUGUCUCAGUAUAUCUUAUACUGGUAUUGGAUGUUAGUUUCAAAAUAAUGCUCAUGCUGAGAUUCUGUCUAUUGUUUUUAUAUUUAUUAAUUUAUUAUUCUUUAAAUCAGUACUUAUCACCAUAUUCAUUAAAUGACUCUCUCUCUAUUUUCAAAAUUUUAUUAUAUCGAAAUCAAAUUUUUUACUUAAAGAAUUUUUUUAUCCUUAUUGUUAUCUAUAUCUAUGUGUAUGAAAUUUUACUUUUUUAAAUUACAUAAUUUAGUGUGUUUAAAAGAAGUUUUAGGAAAUAAUGUAUGAAUUUAAAAAGAAAUUUUGCAAAGUGUUGGGGAAAAAAAUAGAAAUUAUAUAAUAAAAGUCAUUUUUCUUUUUUCAAUUCUACUUUUAAUAAUUUUCCUCAUAAUUUUGUUAAUUCAGUCAAAUCAAGUGUGCCCUUUAAAAGUUUGACUUAAAGAUUAAAGAUAUGUUUAAUAUUACUGUUUUAGAAGUGUUUUCACACAUUGUUAAAAUAUAUAAAAAAAAAUUAAUUGCAUACUUUCAAACAUCUUUUUCUCUCUCCAUUUUUAAGAGAAAAGAAGAGGUAUUGGCUUUUUGUUAUUAUCCAAUUUUGUUUUGUUUUUCACAUUUAUAAUGAUCCUUCCAGCCUGCACUUUUUACUGACAACACAUAAUGAUCAAAGCCUCUAGACUGUUUCAUUUACAAUGUGAAUACUGGUUUCAACCUUGAUAGCCAAGGAAGAGGUUCACCAGUUCUAAUGCCUAAUAAAUUCUGUAUCUUCAUGUGUCAGAAUGAAAAUCACAACCUGAUCCAAGGAUAAAAAGUGAAUACUUUUGAUGCUGAACAAGAUUAAGGCAAACAUUUAUGUUUUGACUUUAAGAUUGGUUUAGCAGUUAACUUUGCUGUGUCUCAAAAUGAAGAAGAAAAAAAAUGUUUAAGUAAUGGGGCAAAAAUUGGAUGCAUUUAUUUUAAAAUACAAAACUAAUCAACAAAUUUUUGUAGAAAGGAAAUUUGUUGUUAUGCCACCGCUGUAAUUAUCUACUGUCUGUCAUUUAUGAGAUGAAUCCCUGACUUCAUUAACCCUUUCGCCCUGACUGUUGCAGCAGAGAGUGCAUAAAGGUUGCACGCCAGCAUGAAACUCUCUGACAUCCCAGCCGACACACCGGUGUGUCAGAGCGCUUUUUCGUUCACUCACUUCUGCUAUGCAUUUCUAAGAGUGUUUUUAAAUGUUUUAAAAGCUAUUAUUUUAAACACAAGAUGGAAUUUCUUCUCCAUGAUAUUUUAGAUACAAGUAGAUUUGACCUUCUACUCGAAAUGAGAAAUAUAUGACUCCCAUGCACAUGGUUUUUGAUUAUAUAAACAUGAUGUGAAAGGCAUGUUUCCCAAUCCAAUGUUAUGAUGACUCUUUAAAAUGAGUACUUACAACAACUUUGAUUCAAAUUAUUAGAAUAAUUAAAAAAUUCGACAAUAAUGAAUCUUUUGUUUUUGCUUUUAUAAAAUAACAAAUUUAAUGAGUGAAAUCUGCAAAUUUCAUGGUAAUUUUAAAACAUUGAAAAAAAUCAAAGUCAGUAUUGUUAAAAGUUAUUACAUAGUAAAUAAAUAUUGAAAAAAUUAUUUAAAAAGAAGAAAAACUUAAGUAAAUAAAGUAUGUAAAUAAAAAAUAUAUGAAGUAUAAGUCGUUUAUCUACUUUACGCUAUUAAAGAAUGUGUUCAUAUUUUAGUAAUUUCCUAGAUUUAGACCUAGCAGCAAAAAACUCUCCAGUCCCGGACUGGUGCUUGCAAAAAAGACUCCAGGCCCCAGCAAUAAGCACACGUUUGUAAUUCCCGUUGCGAAGGAGUUAAAAGCAACUUAACUGAGAUCUUAUCUCGAGAUUACCAGGCAGUAGUUAUUUAUUUCUUCCUCAUGUUGUUUUAUCAUGUAUUAAUUUGUAUGUAUACAUUUUGCCAACUUAUUCUUCGUAAAAAUUACACUGCUCAAGUUUACAAAUGAGCUUUUAAUGUGCAAUAUAUGAACACACCAUUUAGUUUAAAAAAAAUUCUGUUAAAGGUAGUGUAGAUCAAAUAAUUAUAAACAUUCAAAUUACGUGUGUGUUUUGAAGUGUUUACUGUUUAUAUAAAAUAGCGAAAAAUAUAUAUAAUAUAUCAUAUAAAUUGUUUGAUAUAAAAUUGUUCUUUGUUGUAGUUAAAUCCUACUAAAUAUUUUGAAAUAAUUCUUAUUCUAAGUUCUUUUUCUCAUUUUUAAAGCAUUUAGAUCAUUUAAAAAAUAUACAGACUUUAAAAGUAAUAAUUAGAACACAUUGUAGACUCUCAACACAAGGUUUUGAAGAGAAAUACUAAAAAUUAAUACAAUUUUAGUUUAUAGGUUUUCUUAUUUUGAAAGUUUUGGAUCGUAAAAACACUUGAUCUAAUAGCCAUACUCUCAGCAAGUUUAAUAAAAAACUUACCUGCUGUAUUAUUUCCCCUCAGGAUUUCUGUCUUUUAUAAUUUCUGUAGUAUACAAUUAAGAUGGGUAAUUACUAAGACCCAAUUUUUUUGCAUUUUUGAAGUCUUUUUACUCUUUUAAUGGCAUUUUUGUUUCUUGAUUGUAUAUAAUUUAACAAAUGCACAUUGAGAAAAAACUGUGUUACGUGGUUUAGGACUAUUAAGAGACAAGGAUCUUAAUUUUUUUUUUCCCCAUAUAACAUGGGUCAAAUAAAAAUUAAGAAUAUCAUUUUGUAUUUAACAACCAAAAAUUUAU